CUGGAAGCUGGUGGGAGACGCAGAGAGAGCCUUGCGGAGCAGCAGCAGCAGACAUGGCGCAGUACAAGGGGGCCGCCAGUGAGGCGGGGAGGGCGAUGCAGCUUAUGAAGAAGCGGGAGAAGCAGCGAGAGCAGCUGGAACAGAUGAAGCUGAAAAUAGCGGAGGAGAAUGUGGUUAAAGCAAAUAUCAAUAAGAAAUUCUCUGCGCAUUAUGAUGCGGUUGAGGCAGAGCUGAAAUCAAGCACUGUGGGAUUGGUUACCCUUAAUGACAUGAAAGCAAAACAAGAGGCUCUGGUGAAAGAGAGAGAAAAGCAGCUUGCAAAGAAGGAGCAAUUCAAGGACCUCCAGUUAAAGCUUGAAAAGCAGAGGGAAAGAGAGCGAAAAAAAGAGCAGAAGCGCAAAAUAGCCAGCUUGUCUUUCAACUUAGAGGAAGAUGAGGAAUGUGAGGACGAGGAGAGUGAAGAAGAAGACGAAGAAGAAGAAUACGUAGCAGACAAAGAGGACCUGCCUAAGAAGAAGAAGAAGAAGAAGCAGCUUGGGAAAAAUCCAGAUGUGGAUACAAGUUUCCUGCCAGACAGAGACCGCGAGGAAGAAGAGAACCGACUUCGAGAAGAACUGAGACAGGAGUGGGAGUGCAAGCAGGAGAAGAUAAAAAGUGAAGAAAUUGAAAUCACCUUUAGCUACUGGGAUGGCUCUGGGCACCGCCGCACAGUAAAGAUGAAGAAAGGAAACAGUAUCCAACAAUUCCUGCAGAAAGCACUGGAGAUCCUACGGAAAGACUUUAGUGAGCUCCGAUCUGCAGGCGUGGAACAGCUCAUGUACAUUAAAGAAGAUCUCAUCAUUCCACAUCAUCACAGCUUUUAUGACUUCAUUGUGACAAAGGCGAGAGGCAAAAGUGGUCCACUUUUUAACUUUGAUGUUCACGAAGAUGUGCGACUGCUGAGUGAUGCCAGUGUAGAAAAGGAUGAGUCUCAUGCUGGAAAAGUUGUCCUGAGGAGCUGGUAUGAGAAGAACAAGCACAUAUUCCCAGCAAGUCGGUGGGAACCUUAUGAUCCAGAGAAGAAAUGGGAUAAGUAUACGAUCCGGUAAGAAGCCUGGAAGGAAUAGACGUAGACUGACCUGCACUGUGUCUCUGUUCCUGUCUGCCUUUGUAUUCUGCAUCCAAAUUGUUGUACAGUCUUCCCUUCUGCCUACUCAACUGGAUAAUAUAUUUGUCUUGUGUCAAAUGAAUUGUGUGUCCCUGUUAAAGCCUUUACAGAUUUGGUGCAUGUGAGGGUGGUGGCACACGUGGCUACUGGGGGAGAUUACUUGGCCAUUGACAAAUUGCCUCUUCUUCGGGGCGACUAAUCUCCCCUAAAUGCCUUCCCGCUGGCUAGAAUGUCAAUCUCCAGCGGGAUGGCACUAGGAUCGCUUUGGCUUUCCGAAAUUGCCUCAUGAGGAAACUUUGAGCGAUUUUGGAAAGCAGAAUCGAUCCGAGUGCCAUCCCGCCGACGAUUUACAUUGUAGCCAGCGAGAAGGGAGAUUAGUCGCAUGAAGAAGAGGUGAUUUGUCGCUGGCCGAUUUAUCUCUCCCAGUAGCCUUGUGUGCCACUACCCUAACAGAGUAUUCUAUUAUAUUGUUAUUCAUUUCAGUAACUGCUUUAACUUAUGGCAAUCGGUGUGACUUCUGAAGAACUGUAAUGCUAGUGUGAUACAUAGUGCUUGGAGCUGAUGGGGCUCAGCUAGGGUUGCCACCUUGGGGAUUGCGCCUUGCCUGGAAGAACCAGUUGCCGGCUAUGUGCCUGGCUAAGGUCCCAGUCUUACUCAUGGUUCCAGAGUAUUUUCCAAGGAACGAGACGGUAUAUACCCUGUGUGUAACUAGGAUUCGGAAUCACAAUCCCUGUUAAUGUUCAGGAAAUCUUUAUGUACUUUAUUUCAGUAAUUCUGUACUGUUCAGAGGGAAGCAUUGCUAAGACGGGCUACUAUGUGUACAAAUGACAUUGUUCCAUUUGGUCUGGGUUGUAUUCCUAACAGCACUAUUGUGAGAUUGACAGGCCUUACCUGUGUGACAGAACCACUCAUUUGGUAUCACGUGUGUCCAUGCUCUCGUCUGUCUUUCGCCCAUUUAUAAAACCCAUUCGCUUCUGGAAAUUCAAAUAGGGAAAGGUUCCCAUCCGUAUCAAUAGCAACUGUAAAGGCUGCCUAACUGGGGUCAUAUCUCCCUUGAUUAAUAAUGCCCUAUACUUCUCCCACUCUUGGAAGCAGAUAUCAGCAGAGAGAGUAGUUUUGCACACUUUCCAGUGGCAUCAAUUUCUAUGUAGGUUUUCUAUUUUCCCAAAUCCCUGCUGUAGGUAAAAUUAUAGGGGCUGCUUUCAAAGUGCCAUAGAUUUUAGUU